GGGCUAAGCCUCCUUCCUAAAUUCGCCGCUGGGAACCCCGCUCAGCCCGGCUGUUACCCGGGUGCAGCCCUAGAGGCUCUCUGGACAGCCUUGGGGCAGGCGGCCCAUGGAGCCGGGGCUGCUGCGACCCGCGCCGGUCAGCGAGAUCAUCGUCCUGCACUACAACUACACCGGCAAGCUCCGAGGCGCCCGCUACCAGCCCGGCGCGGGGCUGCGCGCCGAUGCCGUCGUGUGCCUGGCCGUGUGCGCGCUCAUCGUCCUGGAGAACCUGGCGGUGCUGCUGGUGCUCGGGCGCCACCCGCGCUUCCACGCGCCCAUGUUCCUGCUGCUGGGCAGCCUCACGCUGUCCGACCUGCUGGCGGGGGCCGCCUACGCCGCCAACAUCCUGCUGUCGGGGCCGCUGACGCUGCGCCUGUCGCCGGCGCUGUGGUUCGCGCGCGAGGGCGGCGUCUUCGUGGCGCUGGCCGCGUCCGUGCUGAGCCUCCUGGCCAUCGCCCUCGAGCGCCGCUUCACCAUGGCCCGCCGGGGCCCCGCUCCGGCCGCCCGGCGGGGGCGCACGCUGGCCCUGGCGGUGGCCGCCUGGGGCGUGUCCCUGCUGCUCGGGCUGCUGCCGGCUCUGGGCUGGAACUGCCUGGGCCGCCUGGACUCGUGUUCCACCGUGCUGCCGCUCUACGCCAAGGCCUACGUGCUCUUCUGCGUGCUCGCCUUCCUGGGCAUCCUGGCGGCCAUCUGCGCCGUCUACGCGCGCAUCUACUGCCAGGUACGCGCCAACGCGCGGCGCCUGCGGGCGCGCCCCGGGGCGGCCGGGAGCGUCUCGGCGCGCUCCCGCCGCACCCCGCGCUCGCUGGCGCUGCUCCGCACGCUCAGCGUGGUGCUCCUGGCCUUCGUGGCCUGCUGGGGCCCCCUCUUCCUGCUGCUCCUGCUGGACGUGGCGUGCCCGGCUCGCGCCUGUCCCGUGCUCCUGCAGGCCGACCCCUUUCUGGGGCUGGCCAUGGCCAAUUCGCUGCUCAACCCCAUCAUCUACACGCUCACCAACCGCGACCUGCGCCACGGGCUCCUGCGGCUCCUGUGCUGCGGCCGCCGGCCCUGCUGUGCGGGUCCCGGAGCCUCCCGGCGGCCGCGCGUCGCCGCCGGGGCCUCGGGGGGCCUGGAGCGCUGGCUGCCCCCCGGCCUGGACGGCAGCUCCAGUCGCUCCGAGCGCUCCUCUCCUCUGAGGGACAGGCUGGACACCAGCGGCGACACCGGAGACCCCGGCGUGCCCACCACCGCCCCGCCCCUGGUUCCUGCUCCUGCUGCGGACUGACAGCCCCUCUGCGUGC